AUGCACAUGGUAAUGUUUAUGAGUGUUAUCAUUUAAUCAGUAAUUUCGUAUUUGGGUACGUUGUAACUUGUAAGUUAUAACUUAGUACUUACAAUUACAAACAUUCGUCGUGUCCAAGUACCACACUCCCACUGCAACUCUUUCCAAGCGCGAUCUGGUAUAGCCGAAUAGAUAAUAGGUCAUCAGCGCGCAUAACUUUGUAUUCAAAUCAUGGAAAACACCAAAAAGGCUCUGUCAUCAAUACCGCUCCUGAAGACUAAAGCCGGUCCCCGAGACGUUGAUUUGUGGCCACAAAGACUCAAAGAAGAAUACCAAUCCCUAAUUCAAUAUGUUCAAAAUAAUAAAGCAGCUGAUAAUGAUUGGUUUCGUCUAGAGUCAAAUAAAGAGGGAACUAAAUGGUUUGGAAAGUGUUGGGUGUUUCAGAAUCAGUUAAAAUAUGAGUUUGACAUAGAAUUUGAUAUUCCCGUCACAUUCCCUUCAACAGCACCUGAAAUUGCAUUACCUGAACUUGAUGGUAAAACUGCCAAAAUGUAUCGAGGUGGCAAAAUAUGUUUAUCUGACCAUUUCAAACCACUAUGGGCUAGAAAUGUACCUAAAUUUGGUAUCUCUCACGCUUUAGCACUUGGUUUGGGCCCAUGGUUGGCUGUUGAAAUUCCAGACUUAAUUGCAAAAGGAGUGGUUAAAUAUAAAGAAAAAGAAGAGGAUAAUUAAUUAAAUUUCAAUUAAGAAAAAGUGAUUUUGGAAUAUUUUUAGUUAGGUUAAUAAUACUUUUUUUAUUUUAUAAUAUUAAUUUUAAAAUAACUGUUAGACACUCAAGUAAACAGUUAUUUUUAAAGAUUAACUGCAUUUAAAUUUUCAAAUGUCUAAUAUUUAUGUAUUAUAAAAUAUGUCUUAAAAUAAUUUAUAACAAUUAUUUAGACAAUAUUAUAAUAUUCUUAAACUUAUUUUUUUAAUCGUUUAAAAUUAUUGAUUCUUUGUAUGAUUGUUAAAUAUUUAUUCUACUUGUUUAUUAAAAUAAUAUAAGCAUAUUUUUUUUUC